GCGGAACCCGAGACCUAGAAUUGAGCUCAAGUGGAUUUUUCGAGGCGCGUCUGGCUCCGAGCGGCCUCUAUCAGAUUUGUUUUGUUUGCGCUCGGCCAGCAACAAUUAUCGCAUUUGAAUCGUUUCGCGCCGACGACAUAAUUGAAAUGCACUGCAAAUUAAUAGCGUACAACUCUUCGUAAUUAUUUGCAUCCAUUUUCUCACGAAAGUUGCGGCUGUACAUAACGUGCAUUUUUGUCCCCUAGUGCGGCGCGACAGGCUUGGGAACCUCACGGAAUCCCAACCCUGGUGAAGCUUUGCUUCGCUUGUUCUCGCGAUAGCAUUUUCAGCACGCAGCGAUUGAAGCUUAUUGGAAGCUAGGCCCACUGGCUCCUUGUUGCCACGAUGGCUUCUGGCUCUUUAUUUGGCGGCCUUUAUGGCAAUGCAGGCAAUUCAUUCCAGAAUUCGACACAGCGCCCAGGCUUUGGUCUUUCUCAACCACAGCAAAGUCAGCAGAACAACCAGUCUCAACAGAUGAUCCAGUCGCAACAGGCUGGCAGUUCACUAUGGAAGCCCGGCAUGAUGUCGCUUCACCACAAGACGAUACCAGAGCAGAUGCACACAUUAACAUGCAAAUGGGACCCGGCACACCACUCGUGUGAGUUCAAGACCUACUUUUACAACAAGGUCGACGAAGCAGCUAUACCAUUCUACGGCCCCGCGCCGGGCGACGACCCAAAGGCAUGGGAGGAGGCUCUGGCUGAGAAGCCCGGCCCCGGCUACAUCCCCGUGGCGGCCGUCGGAUUCCAGGCGCUCGCGCAACGCCUCAACGCUCAGAGGCUGGCCGUGGGUCAGUUCAACCAGCGCCUGCACGAGAUCAACGCCAGUCUAGACGCCAUUCUGUCGAGGCACGACCUUGAGACAUCAGUGCGCACCAUGGCGGCCCGCAGGAGGCAUGCGGAGCUGCGCAAGAGGAGCCUGAAGCUUGCAGCGCGGGUGCAGGUGCUGCGGAACCGGGGUUACGCGCUUAGUGGCGAUGAAGACGACCUCAGGAUCAAGCUGGCUGCGCUGGAGCGGACGGCCCAGGACCCGGCGCUUGGCGCAAGGUUGGAGGAGCUCUGGAGCAGGCUCAUCACCCUGCGAGACUACGCCGAGCAGUUGAAGAGUGAGAUCAGCAAAGGUGCGCCGGCUGAGAUACAGACUGGACUUGGAGAGGAGGUUGAGGCCAAGGCGAAAAAGAUUCUCGAGGACUAUGAGAAGCAAAUACAGCAUCUCAAGAAAGAGUUGGAGCUAGUCAAGACUGAGUACGAUGAUUGGGAGAAACAAACCACACCUGCUGCUAGGUAAUGACCUCGGUAACUCACGGCAUGUACCUUAUGCAAGCAGAUGGAUAAGCUGGGAUGAAAAAUAUGGACUUUUUUCCUGUCAAAAGUUCUGUCCUCAGGAGCGGUGGCCUAACCCACGCCGCUUCUGAUGAGUCUGAGAUGGUGGAUGGCUCACGGUGGGUAUCUGUUACAAAACAAAACCACGUGCAAAAGAAGCCAGGAAGCAUUUGAUCAACUGUAAAGAACAGAGGAUGAAUGUGAGAUGCCGAUAGUCGGUAAUCGGCUUCAAUGUAUCUCAGAAUGUUGGCGUGAAUACCCUUGAAUUCUUACUAAAUAUUUCAAAAAAAAAAAAAAAAAGAAACACGUGGGAAAAUCAGCCCAGCAAUUUUAGAUCAUAUACCUUUGGAUGCGGUUGAUAGUCUAUAGACAGGACCAAGCGCAUCGUGAACAAAUAAAGUCCAUAACAAGGAGAAUUCAAGACUGCUGGACCA